CGAGAGGCCAUAAAACUGUGAUUUAUCUGCGAAUCAAGAACUAAAACUAAACUUGGAACAUCCGCAUCACCUCCCUGCGUGGCCCUCCACCGAAGAUGAUACCCCACCGAUCAUGCCCGACUCUACUGCUAUUCCUGAUCACUCAGGGGGAUGUGAUCGCCAGUGUAGGUCUGUCCCAUAUCAUAGGCAAGCUGAACGAUCAUCUGCGGAUCUCCACAAACAUUUUGUACUGCAACGAGCACCAAAAACUGAUCAAUUACGAGUCCGAAUGCCUUCGCACAGCGGGGAUCACCAGAAUGAUCUACACCUCGGCGGCGGCCGUCAACUCCUCUCGUCUGCAGCGUCAUAUAGGAGACGGUAGCCAGCUCUUUGUUGUGAUCAGCACUGAGCCGCCAUACGAUCUCUUGCGGACACUGGAUCUCCGCUUCCAGAAUGCCGACUUUCUCAUCGUCAUCGACAGGCGAAUCGAUCGGGAAAUGUGGCUGGCCUACGUGCAACAUGCCUUUGAGCUGGGCUACGUCCGCCUUUUGCUUCACACCACCCCGAAUGGCGGCGUCUAUGGCAAAACGCUGUUUCCCAAAGUUCGGAUAGACCCCACUACUGUGGAGCAGUACCUGCAGCACAGGGCCUCCAUGCGGGACCUGCACGGCUACCCGGUCCGAGUAGCGGCCUACAAGAACGUGCCGCGCAGCUUCAUGUACGUGAACUCUUGGGGCAGGAUGGUCUACGCGGGCUUUUACAUGCGGUUCGUGCGCGCCUUUCUGGACUCGAGGAAUGCCACCUUCAUUCCGGUUCACACCCCAAGCGAUUCGCCCGGGAACUGUACCCUGUCCCUCAGGAACGAGACGGUGGACCUUUGCGCAGACUCUCUGGCGGCCAAUCCGGAGAUGUUCAGCCUCACGUAUGGCUUCAGGAUCGCCUAUGCCAAUGUGAUGGUGGCCCACGCAAAGAAGCUGCUCUCGUACCGCUAUUUGGAGGCUCCGUUCCAGAUCAGUGUCUGGCUCUGUCUGGUGACCUAUGUCAUCCUGAUCGUCGGCUUCCUGAGCUGCAUCCACUGGCAGCAGCACCGACGGUGGGACUUCAGCAAGUAUCUCUUGGAGGUGUUCAGUUCGCUGCUCUUCGCCGGCUUCAGUCUACGAUCGAUUCGGGGACGCGAGCGCUACAUACUCUUUGGAGUGAUCUUCAUGACCGGCUUUGUGUACUCCACCAUGUACCUGGGACUGCUGAAGAGCAUGCUCAUCUCGGAGGUGUUCGAGCCACAGAUCAACACCUUCGAGCAGCUGGUGGCGAGCAACACCACCCUGCUGGUGGACCCCUACGAUCGAAUUCUGUUCGCAAAGUACAACAUGCCGGAGGUGCUGUGGUCCGUCGUUCAGACGGUGACAUUUGAGACGUUGCUUUACCAUCGAAACCGCUUCGACCAGAACUACGCCUACGUGCUCUUCACGGACCGGAUGGCCCUGUACGAGACGGCCCAGCUAUUUCUGAGGCAUCCGCGUCUGCGUCGGAUACCCGUCAACUUUGCAUUCCUGUUCACCGGCAUUCCCAUGCGCAAGAGGUGGUUCCUCAAGGAGCACCUGAGCACCGCCUGGUACCAUGCCUUCGAGAGCGGACUUACGCGGAAACUGUCCGAGGAUGCCAACAACGAGGCGAUGAGCGUGGGACACCUGCAUUACCUCAUAACGGAGCACUUGGAGGCGAAGCCGCUGGACCUCGAUUAUUUCGUCAUGCCCGCCAUCGCCCUAGCCCUCGGCUCUGGCCUGGCCAUCAUCAGUUUUGUCAUCGAGUUGACGGCCUGGCGCAUGUGCCGCUCCCGACCGCAAGUCUAAAUGCAGAUGAUGAAGAUGCUGCAAGAUGAUGCUCCUCCCUUUCACUUUGUUUGAUGUAUUCUUGUGUUUGUUGUGGCAUGUUUCAGCACAUUCU